CACUCCACCCUCGCAUCCCUCGCGCAUCAUGGUGCGCUCCUAUCUGCGCCACGAGCCGACGAGCGCGUUCGGCGUCAUCUGCAGCGCCGCGUCGCGCUCGCUGCUGGCGCACGACGGCAAGACGGCCAUCGUGCCGGCGCUGGAAGACGUGCUCGUCUGGGACGUCAAGCGCGGCGCCCAGCUCAGCAUGUGGCACGACGUCGGGCACCGCGCCCGCGUCACUGCCAUCGCGCGUGCGCCCGCGCCCGGCGACGACGACGACGGCGCCGACGAUGCGUCGCGCCAGCAGACGUACGCCGUCGGCUACGAGGACGGCAGUGUGCGCAUCUGGCGCUUCAACCCCUUCCAGCCGGACAUGGACGCCGCGCCCGCACUCACCUUCAACGGCCACAAGUCGGCCGUGACCACGCUUGCGUUCGACGACGACGGGCUGCGCUUGGCUACCGGCAGCCAAGACACGGACAUCAUCGUUUGGGAUGUGGUGGCGGAGACCGGCCUCUUCCGGCUGCGUGGUCACCGCAACGCAGUGACAGAGCUGAGCUUCCUGCCGACGCCGUCCGAGGCCGAUGCAGCAGACGUGCCUUCGACCUCGGCCGGGCGUAGCUCAGGCUCCACGCACGGGCACCUCCUCUCCGUGUCGAAGGACGGCCUUCUCAAGCUCUGGGAUCUUGGCCUGCAGCACUGCAUCGAGACGCUCGUGCCCGGAAAGGGCGAGCUGCUCAGCCUUGCCUUGGCCCGUGGCGUCUCUCCGGACGUGGCGGGCGAGGAGCAGGCGAUGAGCGGCACGCUCUUCCUUACCGGCAGCGCCGAGGGCGAAGUGCGGAUCUGGCAGGUGUCCAACGAGGCUCUCGCCGCUGGACUCCAGGUCCAGGAGGACGUGCUCGAUGCCGAAGACAAGCCGAAGCGCUUCAUCUCCGCUCUCGGCACGCUGCCCAUCGCAGCGGCGCGUCGCGUCACGCAGAUGGCCUUCAGCCCGCUGCGCAGCGCCUCGAACGCCACGCGCUUUCUGGCAGUGUCCAGCACCGACCGCGGCGUGCAGGUCUUCCGCCUGCGGACUGCAGAGGACAUGCGCAAGAAGAUGGCACGGAGACUCAAACGCGCCAAGGAGAAGGGCGACAAGCGCGCCGGAGAGAAUGGCGCUGCUGGCGAGGCACAGAGCCAGCAGGAGAUGACGUGGGCGGAUCGUCUGGAGUCCUACACCACCGUCCGUCCGACGGCAGGCAGAGUGCGCAGCUUCGCCUUUGCAGACGAUGUCGCGCACAGCUCCACUGCCAGCAAAAGCGGUGCCACGCCGCUGCUCCUUGCGCUCUCGUCGAACGCCGUCGAGGUGCACAAUCUGCCUGCGCCGCCGCGGAGCAAGGCCGAGAAGGCCUCUGCGCCAGAGGCGGCGCUGGCCUGUGGCAUUGACCUGCCCGGCCAUCGAUCAGAGGUCCGCGCUCUUGCACUGUCCUCCGACGACACGUUGCUGGCGUCGGCAGACAGUGCUGGACUCCUCAAGGUCUGGAACGUCAAGACUGGCCGCUGCGUGCGCACUCUGCCUUGUGGCUACGCGCUCAGCGUGGCCUGGCUGCCCGAUGAUCGGCACGUGCUUGUCGGCUGCAAGGACGGCACUCUCCGCUCGUACGACGUCCCUGCCGGCGAGGUGCUGGAAACCAUCGAAGCGCACGCUGGCCCGAUCUGGAGCGUUGCGCUCAACCCUGACGGCCUGAGCUGUGUCACCGCCAGCGCUGACAAGGAGGUCAAGUUCUGGGAGUUUGAGAGCCGGGCACCAGAAGCCGAGGCGCAGCCGGCCGACGAUGCCGCUCCCGCACCACCUGCACGGCCGCAGCUCGCGCUUGCGCAUGUGCGCACGCUCAAGAUGACCGACGACGUGCUCUUUGCACGAUACAGCCCCGACGGACGGCUACUCGCGCUCUCGCUGUUGGACUGCACUGUCAAGGUGUUCUACGCCGACAGCCUCAAGUUCUUCCUCUCGCUGUACGGCCACAAGCUGCCCGUGCUGAGUCUCGACAUCAGCUCGGACUCGAAGCUGUGCGUCACCGUCUCCGCGGACCGCAACGCUAAGCUCUGGGGCCUCGACUACGGUGACUGCCACCGCAGCCUAUACGCCCACGAGGAGGCCGUGAUGAGCUGCGCUUUCGAGCGCGGCUCGCAGGGAGGCGGCUUGCUCGGCGGCCGCGAAGGCGCUUCGCACCACUUCUGGACUGUCGGCCGCGACGGCAAGCUCAAGCACUGGGACGGCGAUCGCUUCGAGCUCAUCCAGACGCUCGAGGGCCACCAUGGCGAGGUGUGGGCCGUCGCUGCGGGCCGCAAGGGCACGCUCGCCGUCACGGCCGGAGCAGACCGCUCCAUCCGCGUGUGGGAGAAGACGGAUGAGCCGCUGUUCCUGGAGGAGGAGCGUGAGAAGGAGCUCGAGCGGGCAUUCGAGGGCGGUGCAGAGACCGGUCGGAACGACGAGGGCGCCAUCGGCAGUCUGGCUGAGGGUGCCGAGCCGCAGGUGCAGCAGGACGAUGCUGCUGCGGUCAGCAAGACGACAAAGGACACCCUCAUCGCUGGCGAGCGCCUUAUGGAGGCCCUCGACCUGGCCGAUGCCGACCUGGCUGCGGUGGCAGCGUUCCAGCAGGCCGGUGCGCAGGGCGCUCCGCCGGCGCGCAGCCCGGUGCUGGUCGGUGCGUUUGGCCCCGACGAGGAGCCCGACGCGCACCGCUACGUGCUCAAGGUCACGGAGCGGAUACCGGCGGCGCAGCUGGAAGACUCGCUGCUCGUGCUGCCGUUCGACAAAGUCGUCAGCCUCAUGCGCCAGCUGGACCACUGGGCACGCAAGGAAUGGUCUACGCCGCUCGUGGCGCGCAUUCUCUUCUUCCUGCUCCGCGUGCACCACGCUCAGAUCGUGGCGAACCGUGUCAUGCGCGUCACGCUCACUUCGCUGCGUGGGCACUUACGUGCUGCGCUGCGCCGCCAGAAGACGACCAUCGGCUUCAAUCUGGCCGCGCUGCGCUACGUGCGCGCUCAGCACGUGGCUCAGAAGACGUCGGACCUGUACGAGAAGGAGGGCCUCGACAUGGACGAGGAUGCCGUGCGCGCACGCAUCGAGGAGGGCCAGAAGCGCAAGCGCAAGCUCGCCGUCGCGUGAGAGUGUCUGGCUGAGGUCAAGUGCAAUCCAUGUCAUGCGCGCCCUGCGCGUGCGCCUCGAGGCCCUCGGCCUGCAGAGCUGCAGCCUGCCAGAACGCAUCGUCCCCGUCGUCGUCCUCAGCAGAGGCCAGCAGCGCGUCCGAGCAGGACCGCUCGUACAGAGCUGCCAGCGACUCGUCAUCCUCCAUCUCCGGCGGCUGCUCCUC